GGAGCCCAGCGAUGCCAAUGUUGAAAAUUCGGAAAUUCCGAAGACGUUGGGUGCUGACGGUGUUUCUUAUUGGUUCAUUCAUAUUUUUACUGUCUAAAACUCUUUCAAGUAAGCAGGACCUAGUUAAUGAGCAGUAUGAAAUAAAGCGAACCUUUCUACGACAACCUUUUGAGUGGCAACCAAAGAUCCCAGAUCUACCAGAGGCUAACUCAAGUAGACAGUGGAUAUGUAGGAAUUCUGUUCAAGGGAAACAACUCAUAGUGGAUGAACGAGGUUACGUGUGUGACCGAGAGCAUGUAGUCGGUGGGGGAUGUUGUGACAGCAAACACGCCCGCACAUCAAAGCACAGCUGUGAUACCUGUGAGAAGAAUGGAUGUUGUGAAAAGUACGAGUACUGUGUGUCUUGUUGCCUACGCCCAGAAAAGAAACCUUUGAUGCAAAAAAUUCUAAAAGAAGGAAGGGAAGCUCUGGACAAACUGUUUGCAUCUGUAGAUAAUCUGUUUGAACUCUGUCUCUCCAAGUGCAGAACUUCAUCAAUGAGUGUACAACAUGAGAACUCUUACAGAAACUCUGAUACCAAACACUGUUACGGGGAGAACCCUCCCGACCUGCAAGCGUCAUUACCUGUGUGAAAGACAGUUGUGAUAGGAACAUAUCUGUACAGUAUUUAUUUUUAUAGAGCAGUCUAUGUAUAUAUGUUAGGAUAUGUAAAUAACAAAGUCAUUACCUGACUGUAAAUAUUGUUGUAAUUAAAUAUCGUACACAUAGAACAGUCAAUUUAAACUAUUAAAUAGUGGUCGCUUUUGAUGUAAAACUAUUGUAAGCAUGUUAUCCAUCAACAAUUCUGACACCUGUUUUGAAGGUGAAAUA